AUGCCUCAGGCUACCCGCCGCAGGCUCGCGCCACGCCGGCGCCGGACUGAUGACGACUUCGAGGAUGAAACUUCCACGGUCGGCGAUAUUGAUGAUGAUUCUUCGACCGAUGCGUCUGGCCUCAGCAACGAUGUGGAUGGCGAUGGGAGCGACGAGGAAGAGAAUAAUGAAGGCGAUGCGGUCCCACACACAGCAAAUGCUGUCAAGCCAACCAUUAAUCCGUCAGCGACGAGCCCUAUACCAGAAGGCACGCGAUCUGCGCCUCUCUUUCCCACGUCGAACGACACCGCAGCUAUGAUGACGACUCUGACGAUUUCCGAAGAGCAAAAGAAUCAGCCAGAGCUUCAAUACGAAGACUCGUCGACUGGCAAUGGCCACGAUCAAGUUGCGUCGUCUUCCCAGACAAGCGUGCCGCCAUCUGGCCCGGCAAAGCAAAACCCUGCUCAGAGGGCCCGCAUGGAACAUCAAGAGUAUCUGAAGCAGCGCGACUCCAAUCCUGCCUUCGUCCCCAAUCGUGGUGGCUUCUUUCUUCACGACGAUCGGGCAUCCGGCACCGCACCUUGGUCCCGACCAUUUGGCAGAGGCCGGGGCAGAGGCAACCACGGACUUGCUAGCAACGGACGAAAUGGCCACUUUGCAGAAGCUUUAGAUCAGCAGUGGGCGCAUGAUCUGCACGACCAUCAUGAGACGAAGCCCGUCGUACAAACCAGCGCUGAUGGUCAGAAUCUCCAUCGAAUCACCCAGGCAGGCGGAGUCUCACAAUCUGCUGGGCCGAAGCGAGAGUUCUCCUUCACUGCCGUCCUCGGCGCCGUGAAAGUCAAUAUCGUUCUACCUGGCAUCGAAGAGCAAAGGACGCCAACAGAGCUUACGAAGAAAAAGCAUAUUCUGCUGCCUACGCAUCGUCCACCUUUGCGACGCGACAAGCCUGUACGCAUCUCCAUUCCUGACGUCGAGCCAAGCUAUCGCUUUCCAAGCACGGAUCGCUCGUUCAUCUUCAUUCCUCGAGCCAUGCGCCCGAACCAGCAAUUCUCUAUGCGUGGCAGAGGAAGGGGAAGUUUCCAUGGCAGUCGUCGCCCGAGCAUUAUGGGAGGCAGCGUAUACACACCUAGUGUGGCCAUGAGUCGCAAAUCGUCGUUCGGUGGCGUUCGUGAUGGUCGAUCCCCUGCAGGGUCGGUGUACGGCAGACCAAAUUUCCCUGCCAUGGAGCCUCCCCGUCCUGUUGUCAGACUGCCUGGCGGCGGGUCUACUUUCACGCCUCAGCCACCGAUGCCCUACGGCUACCCAAAUGAGGGUCCUCUCCAACCAGCUUUCAUGAAUGCCAAGACCGCAGAAGACUCUUUCAAUCAGCAACAUCGAAACACCUGCGUCGGAAAGAGUCAAAGCGCCUCAGCAACAGAGUCAGCAGCCGUUUCAUCAGCAGGUGCCAACAUAUGUGGGCCAACCUCCUUCCGAGGCGUCGGUGAGAUCAGCGGCACUCCAUUGUCUCAUAUACCUGAAGGCGCUGUAUAUGCGCAACCAUUCCAACCAUAUCCUAUAAUGGCAGCUCCGGUGUACUAUCCACCACAAUACGGUAAUGGUGCUAUAUACUACCCUUCCAUGCCGGAUCCAAUGCAAAAUUUUGGUCAGAAUUGGACAGACCCGUCACAACAACGAUUUCCUGCACCUCAAUUCUCGGGUCCUUCCGCUGGUCCUCCAGGCAACGAGCAGAACGGCCCAGUCUUCUACGCAGACCCGUCUAUGCCAGGUAUGAUGCCAAUGCCAACGGGUGGCUACGGCUUCUACCCCAUGGUCAACAAUUUCUAUCAGACUCAAGCCUAG